AUGAUGUCUUACCUCAAACAACCCCCAUACAGCAUGAACGGGCUGGGCCUGGCUGGGCCCGCUAUGGACCUCCUGCACCCCUCUGUGGGCUAUCCGGCCACCCCGCGGAAGCAGCGACGCGAGCGCACCACCUUCACGCGCUCACAGCUGGACGUCCUCGAGGCGCUCUUCGCUAAGACUCGCUACCCUGACAUCUUCAUGCGCGAGGAGGUGGCGCUCAAGAUCAACCUGCCAGAGUCCAGAGUCCAGGUCUGGUUCAAGAACCGCCGCGCCAAAUGCCGCCAGCAGCAGCAGAGCGGGAGCGGAACCAAGAGCCGCCCAGCCAAGAAGAAGUCGUCUCCAGUGAGGGAGAGCUCGGGCUCCGAAAGCAGCGGCCAAUUCACGCCGCCCGCUGUGUCCAGCUCCGCUUCAUCUUCUAGCUCGGCGUCCAGCGCCUCCGCCAACCCGGCGGCUGCAGCGGCUGCGGGCCUGGGGGGGAACCCGGCGGUGGCAGCCGGGUCGUCGCUGAGCACGCCGGCUGCUUCCUCCAUCUGGAGCCCGGCCUCCAUCUCGCCCGGCUCAGCGCCCGCGUCCGUGUCACUGCCCGAGCCACUGGCCGCUCCUAGCAACGCCUCGUGUAUGCAGCGCUCGGUAGCCGCAGGCGCCGCCACGGCAGCAGCCUCUUACCCUAUGUCCUACGGCCAGGGCGGUAGCUACGGCCAGGGCUACCCCGCGCCCUCCUCUUCCUACUUUGGCGGCGUGGACUGCAGCUCGUACCUAGCGCCCAUGCACUCGCAUCACCAUCCGCACCAGCUCAGCCCCAUGGCACCCUCCUCCAUGGCCGGCCACCAUCACCACCACCCACACGCGCACCACCCGUUGAGCCAGUCCUCAGGCCACCACCACCACCACCAUCACCACCACCACCACCAAGGCUACGGUGGCUCGGGGCUUGCCUUCAACUCUGCCGACUGCUUGGAUUACAAGGAGCCUGGAGCGGCCGCUGCUUCCUCCGCCUGGAAACUCAACUUCAACUCGCCCGACUGUCUGGACUAUAAGGACCAAACCUCUUGGCGGUUCCAGGUCUUGUGAGCCCAGGAGUGAGAGGAAGAGGAGAAGAAACGUAACUACCUGCUCCCUCCGUGGUCCCCAUCCUGUUGUUGCUGCUGCAUCGCCCGCCUUUGCCUCGGCUUCUCCAAAACUGAAUUUUCACAUCCCCAAAAGAUGCCCAUUGCCCGCACUGUCGCCCCUAUCUUUAAGCCACUUGCUUGGGGAUGUGUAAACCCGCCUAUCCCUUGGAUGAGGGGUAUUGGUGCCUCGCUGUGGCCCACAUGUCCUAUACGAGAGAGCUGUGUGUUCUCCCUAUCAACCCCCACCUACCUUCCAAGUCACCCCUUCUAGUCCUUCUGGACAGCUGUUAUGCACUUGCAGCCUUCGGAGGCUCUUCGCUCUGACCCGCUGUUUGAACCCAACACUUUUAUUUAUUCUUUCUGGGCACUGGAGUCACUAAUUGGCGUGUUUCUGCCCAUUGGAGUGCACCCACAUAGUACUCCAAAUCAAAACAACCACUAAGUGUUUCUCCUGCACAGACUGCCGCCCCUUCAGCUGCCCGCGAUCCCGCUCCCCGCCUGCAGACCGGAGUACCCCGGCGUUUCCUCCUCCUCAGCGGGGUGCGCCGGGGUGAGCUGAAGCACGGCCCGGCCUCCCUGCGCUGGACUGGUUCAAGCUUCCGCCUCGGCGGGAAUGCUGUAUAUAGUCGGGUCCGUUCCGGGGACCACUUAAACUUUUUAGUUGCUGUUAGUUGAACUGAACAGAUCUCGUCGUAGCGCCCAGGAAACAGAACUUUAAGAUAUAUACAGCACAUAUAUAUAUAUAUACAUAUAUAUAUAAAACAAAUGCAAAAAAUAAUUUCUCUCUGUCCCCUUUCCUGUCUUCCUCAAACAAUGGCGCUUUUUCUUUUUCAGUUGUUACAAUGUCCUGCCCUCUUCAUAUCUUCUCCCUCUGUGUAUUUAUUAAAGAGAACCGCUUGGGUCCAGGAAGCUGGGCGCGGAAGAUCAGGAGUGUGGAGGGAACAGCCAAGUCAGGGUGCAAGGGUGGGAGCUAGGCUGGGCGGGGGCGCGGGACUUGACUGAGUCCCUCACCCGGCCUAAGCACACGGUCGCAGUUCUGGUAUACAGACCCCAAAACAAAAGAAAACCAAAAAAAAAAAAAAAAAGCAAAAAUUCAGCAUUAUGGAAAAAACAAACAAACCCAGACCCCAAACCUCAGUUCCAAUUCCUCUGUCGGUUUUUCUCUCUUUAAACAUCAUCGUUUUGUCUAGUGAGUUUUUAGUGCACCUUCAUUCUCCGAAAUCUGUGGAGUCCCCGCGCGCCUGUGUAUCAAUUUUGGCUUUGGCCGCUUCGUCCAGUAGGUGGGAAAGUAAUUUGUAAAUUUGAUUUGUCCGAUGUGAAGAUCACAAAUUACUUGUUGAAAUGUAAGGCAGUCCCUCUCCUCCUCUUUAUCUACAUUAUUUCCCGAAAAUAAAUGCAAAUUAAUGAA